GAGGGCUGGUCGGCAUUUGCACGCGCUGCAAUCCCACAUGCAAAUUAGAACAGCUCCUCGAGCGAACGGCUCAUUAGGCUCCCGGAUAGCUAUCUGCGGGCACCCCUCCCCGCCUGCCACACGCGGGACUAGCGAAGAUUAGCUUUACAGGAGGCCUGUCACCAACAGCCUGCCCUGUUGUACCCACCACCUGGCGAGAAAACUCCGAGGAGAACCUGAAGACAAACCACGUCUGGGAGACAACAGUCCAUGGGGUCUGUACCAGAUCCUCUGAGAUCUGCCAAGCUUUCCCUGGUCACAGCUUCUGCAGAGGAGGACCACCUGGGAGACCUGCAGCCCGCGAAGCACCAGACCCUGCUACCCAGUGGAGAGAAGGCCAGCAAUGGCUUCCCGUGCACACCAGCUGGGUCUGCUGGAGUUUGCUUGUUCGACGUGAGAUGCACGGCAGCUGCUGGCACGCAGGGGUGUGAGCAGUGCUGCAAGGACGAUGCUAGCCAGCAGGAAGCCAUCCCUCCUGGGCUGGCCAGCAAAGCUGCUGAGGGGUGUCCUGCAGCCGUAGAGCAUGCUGGUUGCCCCCGGCCAGCGGUGCCAGCCCCCACUGCAGCAGGAACCCCCUUGGCGGGGCGGGGGCCAGAGAUGAUGCCAGCCCCCCAGAGCUCCCGACAGUUUGUGCAAGGCAGCCAGGGGAAAACGAGCUCCCUGGCGCAAAUGGAUGACUCUGCCCUGAAACCUCAGGGGACUGACGAUCAGCCAGCACUUGAGGUGUUAAAUUAUUCUUCCCCGGGCGACCCUCUAAAGGGUAAUGAGUCCUGUCGCACUUCUCAGGCAAACCUUCUGCAAAGAGGGGAAAAGGACAGGGGAGCAGAAAAAGCUGCAUGUCAGUCAGCCUCGCCAGCGGGGCAAACCAAAGCUGACCCGGAGAGAGACCCACAGAGCAGUUCGGAGGCAAAAAGCGGGGCUGUGGGCACCACGCCAUUGCACCCCACAGAUAAAACUGAAGCAGUGCAGAGCAGCGAGGCACCAGCCCAGUCUGGUCACGAGAGCCACCAGCCUCUCCAGCCACAAGAGCCACCGGCCCAGUCUAGCAAUGAGAGUCCACAGCCCAUACACAACGUGGGUGCCGAGCCGGGGAGCCCAGACCCCACACAGCUCUCCAAAUUCAGAGAAACAGGUACAAUGACAGUUCAGCCGGAGAGCAGCUCUUUAACUCAGGAAGCAGUAAGCAGGACAUGGCGAGAUGCUGAGGUUCAGGCCGUGGCUACUGUGGAGAGUAAAUCGGCCUCCACCAGUCCCAGCAUCCUUGCUGCCUUCUUAAAAGGGAAUCCUCCUCCAGAGGAGAAGGAAGAACUGCACAUAAUUUACCAAGGAGGUAUGGGGCUGAGCCAGUCUGCACAUACUGACAGUUUAUCAUCACAACAAAAGUCCCCAUGUUCUCCUGGUAUCAUGUCAAAAUCGACUGUUGUUACGGCUGUGACUGCUUCAGCCCAAACCCAGCCUGACAAACUGCCUGGGGUCCCAUCUGACAUGGUGUCUCCAGCAUCACCAGAUAAUGCAAAACCUGUUCUCCCCUCCUCCCCUGCAGCCGUUACCUCCCAGGGGACAUCUGUGAGUAAUGCUGAACCCAUCUGUGCAGCCCAUGAUGGCAAGGAUGCUGCUCGGCUGCCGAUGGAUGCUCCAGUCCCACCAAAGCCCGUCCCUGUUGAGCAGCUUGCAGGUGACUCCGGUAAUCAAACUCCAGCACAGUCUGGGUCUGGUGCUGGUGAACCAAGCACUUCUGCUGCUGCUGUCCCAGGAACCAAGAACAACGUGCAAGAUCUUGUCCAUGAUGCAGGAAGCAGCCGGUUACCUUCACUCUCUAGCACAGACAGUGAAGCCAAGCAGGAGGUCCUGGGCAGCUCUGAGCAAAAGCCUGUGCAAAGUAAGGGUGCGAGCCAAGGGGAGGCCAUUCCUAGUCAACCUGAGGUAAAACCAAAGGAUGAAAACUCAGUGGUGCUUGAUCCUAAAGGAGGGAGGGAUGCCAGCAGCCAACCUGCCGCUGUCUGCGUAAAGGCAUGCUCGGAGGGUGUAGGUGAAAACGAGGAGAGCAGAGGCCAGGGAGAAGCUGGCCAGGCACAGAUGGCUGGUGACUGGAGCCUGCAGGCAGGACCAAUGCCCGAGUUGGGUGCGAGCUCUGCACGUGUCCCCCCUCCCUUGGAGGCAUCCGCAACUCCCCAGCAGCAAGGCCUCCAGGCCAAGGAGCCCCGACACGAGCUUCACACAGCAGCUCUUCCUGCUUCAGCUCAGGCCUUGCCAAACUUGGGGGAAAACAAAAAGCAUCCCACCCCGGCCAUGGAGGCGAAAGUGCAGGUGAAGCAGUCCAAGCAUGUCAGGGAUGUUGUGUGGGACGAGCAGGGCAUGACGUGGGAGGUUUACGGUGCUUCCCUCGAUCCAGAAUCCCUGGGAAUUGCCAUCCAGAACCACUUACAGAGACAAAUACGGGAACAUGAGAAACUGAUCCGGGCCCAGAACAGUCAGACCCGGAAAUCCAUUUCCUCGGAUACAUCCUCAAAUAAAAAACUGAAAGGGAGGCAGCACAAUGUGUUCCAGUCCAUGCUGCAGAAUUUUAGGCGUCCUAAUUGCUGUGUCCGACCCGCUCCCUCGUCUGUGUUAGACUGAUGUGGUUUGCAGGGGCGCGUAGAUGUCUGCGGUAGAAGAGAGAAUUCCUCCCCUCAAGUCUUGAGUCCUGCUGUCCGGUUGUGUUAUUGGGGUUGUGAUGCAGCAACAGUGGAAAAUUAUUCCCCUUUGUUUUCUGAGUAGCCACGUGCUCUGUCACGCCAUUACUAUUGCCACAGCUGGUGUAUUUCCACGUUAUGCCCCCAUUCCAACUACUCUCAGAUGAAAAGCUAGGCACUUAGCAAAAGCACAAAUUCAAAUUGCCACCUUGCUGCAGGGAGAGCAGCACCUUCUGAUAAAGCAAAAUGCAGAGAGAUUGUCAGAGUUACUACAGGAAGUUAUUUGUGUGCAUCACGAGGUCUUACCCAGAGGGGUGGGCUGGGGAAAGCUGGGUGAGGUGAAGCUAAGGUCCAACAGCUGUAAAGACCUAAUAAGACCUAAUGCAAGACAGCAUUCCUGGUGUGUAAAUUACCCACGCUGAAGCAAGUCAGUGAAAAGGCUGUGGACAUUGAUCACUGAGCAGUCUCACCUCUAUUGAUUCUGUGGGACACCGUUCUUAUGUGAGCCCCAGAGAGCCAGGUCUUCCCCUCCCACUGAAAUGGAGAACCAGGCAAAGAGUGAGGAUCAAGGAUCUCAUUGGGACAAGUUAAGUCAAUGGGAUUUUGAUGGCUAGAAGAGGAGGUGAGAGAGGGAUCUAUUCUGCAGGCUUCUCCUCCCCUGCAUCAGCCAUGCUUAAGGCAUAAGCAGGCCAGGCACGAGAGAGCAGGUCAGUAGAUGUGUCUGCAUCUGACAGGAUGGUGCCCUCGCUCGCGCUGUGAUGCUCCAGCCAAGGCUUUCAAAAGUAGGGAGCCAUUCUGGCUCCUCAGCUGGGGUAGACAACCCCUGCUCCUGGCCUCCUGCGGCGCUGAGCACCUCUCCUCUAAAUCACUCUUUAAAGUGAUGUGAAUCUUUUUUCUCUCUCUAGAGAUGCACAGUAAUGUUUUCCCAUAGGAGCAGGCUAUCCUGUGUGUCUGGGUCCAUGAGCCUACAUGUCUAGUGUGUUUCACUGAUUUUUUUAAAAAAUUUUUUUCCUUUUAAAUCCUUUGCUAACUCUACCUUUUUUGCAGUAUUUUGGUGCUUUUCUUGCUGCCUUUCAUUAACCAAAUACCAUUUAUUUAGCCUUUGCAUAUUUUGUUUUACCUGAUGCUCUCUAUACUAUAAACUAUUAUAUUGUUAACUUGAAACAUUUACUUUACAGAAGUACUGAACUCUUGAGACAAUCUUUGCUGUAUUUCUAAUGUUAGAAAAGUUGUAGAAACUGCUAAUAAAAGGUAGCUUAGUGACUGUUUUUGUAGAAGUGUGAUAUACGAUAAUGUCUCAAAUGUAUGUUGGUCAUGUUCCUCACCUUAAUAAUAUUUUUCAAAACGGGAAAUGCAUUUCCCACUAGCUUUUUAUUCUGUCCACUAGAGUUCAUGAUGGGAGGCUGGAGUACUCCUGCAGUUUGUAGAAAAUUCAGUUUCAAUCCUGCAAAGGACUGAGGAUUUGGAUACUGUAAUCCUGCAGAGUACUAGAGUUAAAUAGGGGUUAUUUUUAUUCCAUUAAAAAUUUUUCAUGAAUCAUGAUGAUAAUUUAUUUCCGUCUCUAGUACCACGCAUCUGACUUACUUUGUAGAUCUUACUCUUACAACUUACUCUGUAAAUCUUACAGGUUUACACAGUGCAAAUGAGUAUUAAUAUCUUUUUUCUUUUUCUUUUUUCCUGUGAAGAAGACCUGAGGUAGUCUCCUUUUAUUUAGGAGGCCAGACUUUUUGAGUGUAUCAACUGCCAAGACUGCAAAGCAGCUGUUUUGGGGCAACUUUUCCCUAGAAGAGAGAUAAAAUAUUGUAAGAUACGGUAUUUUAACCUAGUUCAAUGAAAGGUGUUGCCCCUAGGCGUAGUACUGAAUUGACUGCUACUUUUCCUCUGGUGUAUGUUUGGGGGCUUUAUGGCACAUCCUUGUUCCAUCUCUGUAUGUUAUUUCCCUCUUGAUGCUGAAUUGCUAAUUCUGAAAUGCCACAUAAGAGAGUGUGUUCCCACCUGUGCCUACCAAGAGAAAAGUCUCCUGCCUUUUUUCUAUUAGUACUGCUUCCAUCCCCUUCUUAGCAGUGUCUGAGAUGUGAGUUUCAUGUGAAAUUUUGUGUGGGAUUAAUAUUGGCAGUCUCAUUAGGUCAGGUUAGUUGACAAGUUGAGUGUCUCUUCCCACGUUGUGUCCAUUUCAGCCCUGAAGAGGUUUCCAGAGUUGUCCUCGAUAUUUGCUGUGUCCUGUCCAGGUCUAAGGCUUUGUGCUGCUCCUUUUGCUUCCCUUCGGCCCCCUCCUUCACAAGCUGCUGCCCAGCCUGUCUUCCUGUGAAAUGGUGUCCCUUGGCUCAGCUCCUGUCCCUCUCUCUGCUGUCCCCCCUUGCUGUAGCAUUGUGAGCCACCUUACUCUGAACUGUCUCUUUACAAAUAUGCUCAGUCUGGAUAUAUAAAUGGAUUGUCAUAUUUUUUUUCCAGAGGAGAAUAAAUGGCUAUCGCGCAUUCACCGAUUUCUAUGAACUUUAUCCUUUAGCUUAAGCUCUGCAAAAUAUUUCUAGCAGAUGGGUAUGAGUUGCUUUAUUGAGACCAAACUGGGCUUGGCAAUGAAUGAGCAGGGUGCUGGGCCAGCACUGGAAUUAACUCUUCUUUGUGAGGAAUGGGAGAUCUCUCCUGGUUCCCUGCAGCUGUUUGCAGCUGAGAGCCUUCACUAGCUGGUCCACCCACACCUCUCCUCCCCACUCCAAAUAACCUUUCUUCCAGGAAAACUUCAUCAAUACAUACGUGCCACAAAAUGCCAACAGGCAAGUUACUAAGUGGAUGCAUCUGAACAACUGCAUGGGCAUAACUGGAGAAACCAUAGUGGCCAGCAGAGCGCCGUGCUUUAGUAUUUUGGGAAAAUACAAGUGCAAGGACAAACUACAAAAUGUCAGUGAUGCUGCCUGAUGGUCACAGAAGUCCUGCAGGCAUGCAUUUGAAGCCAAGCAAUAACGUGCCAAAAACCAAUACACAAAAACAAGUUGAUAAUCACCAGCACAUCUCAUGGAAAAUAUUUGAGGUUUUCACUUUGCCUUGCAGAUUGUAGGCAACCUGCUAGUUUAACACGUGUAAUUUAUGCUUUCUCCUGUGUACAAUGUCUAGAUGAUAAUGUGAAUCCUUGUAGGGAUGAUGCAUCUUUCACCAGCAGCAAAAUAGAACCGUGUUUUGGGUAGCAAUUAGCAAAUAUUAUGUGUGUGAGUGGUCUUGUAACAACCAAGAAAGACUGUUCUUAGUGUCACAUCAGCGUCAAAAAAUGAAAGUGUGCAUGGAGUGGUGUUAUGGCAGAGGGUAGGGGGAGGUCAUCUGUGUGCCACCACCCUGCUCUUUUUCUCUGCCCAAUGACUCGGAAUCACAUUCCGUUGGUUGAAUAAAUAAGAGCCAAGGAAAUCCAUUUGGGCUAAUAAAAAGAGGUUUUAAAAAAGAAAGGACUUUGUCAUUCCCAAGAGUAAAUCCGUAUGAAAAAGACUUGUGUUGCAGCCUAGCCAGUUGAAGGAACUCUGAAAUUCAGUAUGUUGUAGGAUGAGAAAUUUUGGGAAGCUAGCUAAUUGUCAGGAAAUUCCUCCCUGUUGGUUGCAUCUUCUGGGAAGGCUGAGGUGGCCAGAACCAUUAAUAAAAGCAGUGAAUGAGAAUGGAAGAGUUACUUGUAGUUUCACUUCAGGGGCUUUCCACUAGGAAAGAUGAGAUUAAGCAUGUUACAAUGUUGCCAAUACAAAACCUGAGUUGAAGGAGCACGUCAUUACAGGCAAUUUGCAAUAUAGUCCUGGAUUUUGUGUGAGGCUGUGACAUCCAUCGCUGUCCGUGUGCGCUUGGUUGGUGUUUGCCAGCUUUGUGUUGCCUUGGGUACAAGUGCUGAAGUCCUGCCUUGUUUCUGCUGACUUGGUUUGGAAAAACGAGUGGGGAAAGAACUGGAGGGACAAGGAGUAGAAUAUCUAUCAUCAUCCUUCCAGAGGAAGAAAACUUCCCAUUUGUAUAUACAAGAAGGAAUUGCUGAGAAAAUUCAGGAGGGAGGGACCAAAAGAGAAGUAAAAUGAAGCUGUUGUGUGUGCUUCACAAGGAAUUCCCAUUCCUAUGCCUGUACAGCAAAUGUUUUGCUUAAGUUUUGCCCGUUCUGAGCUCACGCGUUUUUCAUAUCGUUGGUGUCCUAUGGAGUUUAGGAAAAUCGACAUUUCCAAAGGUUGUAUAUUUUGCUAGUAUUUAUAGGUAUAUGCAAAUAUGAUUUAACAAAACCAUUAGGCAAACAAUCUCAGUUUAUUGCUACUACUACCACAUAAGAGCUUGUAAAAUGUACUGUUUGGAGAAGUAUAUUCAAGGGGCUCAGAAAAAUUGAACAUAUGCUCUAUAGGUAACACUAGCUUUUAUCUUGAAUUUCAUGACUACAUUGUCAUGUUAAAGCUAGAAGUGGAAAUCCAAAUGAAAAUCAGUGUUGAAGCUGUUGGAGAAUUGAAGUUGGCUGCCCCUGGUUUUCAGUUUGGAAACUUGAUGGAAUCUACCCUACCAGUGUUUCAUAACUUAGCUCAGUAUAUGCAAGGUUUGUAUGAAAGUACAAAUUUUAUUAGCUUUUUAGCUCCAUUGUCUUUUUCCAUGUCUAUCCUUCUACACUUUUUAAAAAUGAAUGCAAAAGGCUACCAAGACAGAGUAAGUCUUUCACACCCAGUUUAUGGAAAUGGCUGCUCUUAAGUAUUACAGCUGAAUUGAGCCAAACUGAAAUUAAUAUCAUUUUAUUUUUUUUUUAAAUCUGAGAUUUAUUGUUUUAUCUGCUUUGUGGUUUUCUGAGCAGCUCUUCCAUCCCAGAGUUUAUAAUGCGGAUUUUGCAUCAAAUCCUGGCAAAGAAGAUUUUGCAACAUGAAAUAUAUCUUUCAUCAUUCAGGCUUCUUUAAAGAAGAAAAUUAUGUUAUUACUGAGCCAAAUCACACAGAGAGGAAAUAUUUUUUCCUUUAGGAAAAAGUUUGCUGUAGGUAAGCUUGUGUGUAUGUGUGUCCACGUUUAGAAGGGGUGUGCAUACAUGCAGGUCUCAUGCAUUACUUAUACUCUAAGACAAUUUUUUUCCCUUUGCCCUUCUGAUUGAAUGCUAGAGGUUUAGCAUUUUCCACAAUUUGAGGCAAGUUUAGAUAACUCUGCAAUACAGAAACAAGGAUUUUCUCUUUAUCUGGUCUCUCAAAAACUUUCCACAGCCAUAUCUGAAAAAAACAUGUUGGCCAACAUCCAUGUCUAGGCUCUCAACAGAAAGUGCAGUAGCAGGGCUGUACGGAGAUGCACACUGGCUCUUGAGCUUUGUGGUAAUCCACACUUGAAUCACGUCAACCGAGUCCUGUUUGAAAUACAAAACCUUAAGUUUUUCUUAGCUUUCUGCUUACACUGACAAUCUCUGGUGUAGAAAUAAAUGACAGUUCUGCCAGUGAAGUCUCCAGCAGUUGUCUGCUGCAGAAUACAAGUAUCUCAGAUGCUUCUCAGCAACUAUGCUACAGCAGGCACCCCUUCUGGAGGGUCGUCCUGACAACACUUCCAUUAGUCCAGUUUAUAAUCAGUAGUUUCAAGUAUGUCAGAUGCAACUUUAGGCACUGUCCUGAGGAAUUUCAGUAAAAGGGAAGAUCCAUGUGUUUCUGGUACAUAAAAUUACGUCUGGAGUCGAGGUCUUGGUUGCAUGCUGAAAAGUGUUGGGAUUUUCUGCCCAGAGUUGAAGGGAGAGAGGGUGAGUGAACUUUGAAUUCCUGGCUGUUGCAAACACCACAAUGAUGAUGGCCAUGCAUCAGUUAGCAGCAGAAGAAAACCAAUUCAGGGGCUUCUAAAGACAUCUAAUGUUAUUGUGGCUUUAUUAUUUUUAUAGUUACACUGACUAAACAUGAUGUACUAUGCGAAGUAAAGCUAGUAUUAGGCUUCCAGGUGUACUGUGGUGUUCAUUCGAGACGUACCAACAGAAGUUUGCAUGUGAAGAAGUCUUACAGUGAUACUGAACCAAUGUUACCCACCUGAUCGAGUCCCUUAGGAAUUUAAUGUUUUGCUGUUUUACAUCUCCUGGUUUCCAUGCUGAGUACAAUAAAAUGAACACUGUCUUAAUUA